CCUGUGUUGCCCGUUGCAUUUUGCGCGUGGUUCGUGUGGUGUAUCCUUUGAUGUUGAUACGUUUUAAGCGCGGCGUGGAUAGGCAAAGCGAUGACAGUUCCCGAAGAGCUGACAGCGACUCGCACCCGGAGAACUGGACAGACCACGAGGCGAACGAUCCGCCGAAUUACGUGACGGGUUCGCCGCCGAAGUCGGAACAGCACAACAAGACCGAGAGCACCGACAAACGGAGCAGGCUUUUUACCCGCGACAGAGGAGUACCGGGUACCAACAAGUCUAAAAAGCACAGCCUCAGCGUGGACCUGAAGCCGCCAGCAGACUUGAAUAGUUCCGAGCCGAGGAAAGCGUUGGUCGAGCAAUUAAGCCGGGUUUUGCCGGAUGACAGUUUACCGGAUGCUGUGUCGCUAGUGUCGCUGGCUGAUCCAGGUGCGGCUGUGCUGGCCACCAGACUUCAAGAGAGGAACCACAGAGUCCUGACGACCGCUUCACCCGCGGACAUUCGUGCCACGUUCACGUGCCUGGUCACUCGAAUACAAAAAUUUUGUAACAGCUCCGCUAAGCCGCCUGCACCGAUCAAAGUAGUAAUAGCUGGCGGAGAUAGUUUUGUGAACGCGGUGCUGCGCCAUUACGUGGAUCACCUAAGUUUUCGACCACAAAAUUACCUGAAAUUCUUCGUCGUACCUCUGGGUUCCAACACGUUGUCCAAGUACCUCGGCUCGAUAGACGCCAAAUACUCGAUGCUAUUCGGCGACGAGUGGAAAGAACUGCUGGAAAGAGAGGGUGGUGGCGCAAGCGAGGGUGCAGCUAGGGUGUCGGAGUAUUUGACGACGGCUGGUACAACCCUGCUGCUACCCAUUGCGGAAGCCAUGGUUACGUACAGGGAAACAGACGACAGCAGCCAAAUCUUCAUCCCAUUCAUAAACGACGUACGCGUGGGCUGCCCUGACAGCAGUUCCUCAGCGUCGGUCGACCUAGAGGAAAGCAACGUGACCAUGUCAGGUUCUCCACCCUCUCUGCCACCCCCUGGAUUACCUAUUCCACUUCCAGGCAGGUUAACACCACCCAGCAGCCCUAACGUUGGCCAGCCAACCAGAGAAGGCUGGGAACCAGUCGAGUUACAACUUGAUUAUUGGAGCAAACAGACUCAAGGUGAGAAGGGCAAGAACACAUUGAGACAGGCCUUCAGGGCACUGCACGUCCAGAGACUUCCACCUCUAGGCGAGACUCCUGGUCACUACUUGUCUAUGAACUACACCACAAAGGAGAAGAAGCAGAAAAUAAUGAGACUGGGUAAGAAGAAGGAGAAAGAGAAGGAAAACGAGCCAAAGAGUCAAACGGUCGAUGGAGUGACGCGACUUAUAUGCUCUGCAAAGACUCACAACAUUCCAUUAAGAGUGAGCAUCGAUGGUACCGAGUGGUACGGCGUGAAAUUCUUCCAACUAUCGGCGCAGUGGCAGACGCACAUCAAGACGUUUCCGAUUGCCAUGUUGGAGUAUAAUCCUCAGCAGCAAGUUCCCAACCCCACGUAAACACUACCCCCGUUUUCGCCAGAGGCCAGACAUUUUGCCAGAUUUCGUUUGUGUUCAUGGAUAUUGCCAAUUAGGAUCAUCAGCUUAGCUUAUCGCGCAAACCCGAUAACCAUCAAAUCCUCGAAACCGAAAAGAAAACACGAUAAAGAAACAUAGUUACGCAAUAGUGUGCAAGUUUGUACAAUGGACAGUCAGCUGCUUUAAACCAGAAGCCAUUGGAGCUGAUACAGGCAAGUAUCCGAAUGCUGCCUUUCUGUUUGAUUAGUCUUUCACUUUGUUUCUCAUCAUCCUCCAAUUCCUUAUUACAGUUUGUCGUUUUUAUUUCGAAAAAAGAAAGCAGGAAAAUUGUUCCACGGUACGCUCUUCUUGCGUAAAAAUUACCAAGAGUACGCGAGUAGCAAUCGUUACUUCAGACUGAAAUGUAUUGAACAGCGGUAAACGUGGUUAACACAUAUCGUAUUACAAUUAAUAUAAAUAAUGACGAUGAUGAUGGAUUUCGUUGGUUAUGGGAAUGCCAUAGACUGUGCGAGAGCGUGUUUCUUCGAACACACGAUAUCCUAGCAGGAGCAUGCGUCUGAUACGAUAUUCGAUUUUUCUGUAGAAUGGGAGAACAUGACAUGAGAAUCGUUUGAAUCGUAUUCACUCCCUAUUCCCUCCCUCGAUGCGUGUACAUAUAGGAUUUUUUAAAGACCGAGCAUAGGAAAAUCGAUCGGUUUCGUUGCAAGUCGAACUGAUAUAUUUGCUAAGAUAUAUAGAUCUUCGUCUAAAUCGCAAGGUAGCGAGCAGAGGUUAGCGUUAAAUUAUGUAAUUUAUUUAAUUAACGUGUAUUCUAUAUACGAUCGCAUAUAGCAAUGGAGCAUACAGCGACGUUAUCGAAAGAAGUCUGUGAUACAGGCAAACAUUUCUCUUAGCGCACAAACCUGUUGUUUAGAGAAAGAUGACCGUGUAUAGUUCGCAAAUUCGAGCGAGAAUUUCGACGGAAGAAUCUUCUCUGGAAAA